CCUUCCCGCGAAUUGCUCCAUUCCUGGCAGCAGCGGCGGCGAGGACCCAACCGGCGGAGCGUAACGGCCGGUCCGUCCCAGCCGAUCAUGACCUCCAUAAGGGAGCAGGCGGCCAUCGGCAGGCUCCUGGGAUUUCUGCAGGAUUGGGACAAAGCCGACGAGGUGACGAGGUGCCAGAUCCUGGACAGCUUCAUCGAAAUCAAUCAAGGCAAGACGGGCCCCGAGCUGGAGCAGGAGUUCUCCCAAGGAGCCAGCUUGUUCCUGCUGCGCCUGAGCAUCUGGCUCAGGCUGUCCUACAUGUUUGGGUCCUGCUUAAAUAAGCUAUUAAAGGCCAUCGGCAUCUUCUUAUCAGCGGUAAGCAGCCACCACUACCACGUCGAGUUCCUUGAGGUCGGCGGGGUCUUAACCCUCUUGGAGAUCCUCGGGUCGGAGAAACUACAGGAGGAAGACAAAAAGGAAGCCAUCAAGUUGGUCCAGCUGAUCGCCAACUCCGGCAGGAAAUUUAAAGAGCUCAUCUGCGAAAGUUACGGGGUGCGAGCAGUUGCGGAGUUUUUGGCCAAAUCCAAGUCAGAGGAAUCUCAGGAAGAAGCCCAGAUCCUCUUGGACACUUUGGUCCACGGAAAUCCCAAGUACCAGAAGCAGGUGUACAAAGGUCUGAUUGCGUUGCUGUCCUGCACCUCCCCCAAAGCCCAGCAACUCACUCUGCAGACGCUCAGAGUUGCCCAGGAAAUUGUGGGAACAGCUCACCCCUAUAUCGUGGAGGCCGUGCUAGAAGUGCUGCGUACGAUGCAUCUCGAAGUCCAAUAUGAAGCCAUUCAGCUGAUCCAGAUCCUCAUGGGCUUCGAAGUGCGCCCGGCCAUGCUCCGGGGCCUGGUUGCCCUCCUGAAACCACCUGCCAGGGAGACCGUCGGACCGAAGCCCCAAAUCCUGCAAGACCCGUCCGUGCUCCAGGUAUCCAGCUGCCUCCCAGUCUUCCUCCAGCAAGCCGCCGCCGCCAAAGCCAUCGGCAUCUUGGUCCGCGGCUCCGAGGCCGUGGCGGAGGAGCUGCUGCAACUUCAGGUGGUGCAUGGACUACUGUAUGCCAUGGGCAACCAGGACCACACCAAUUCCCAACGGCUGGCCAGCCUCUCCCUGGAGGCCUUGGUGAAGAUGUUCCCUGUCGUGCAGGAGCAGGUGAAGAUGGCGAUGGGGGAGACGCUCUUCCAGCUCUUCAUGAGCAACAUUGAAGAUUUUUACCUCACCAUGGACCCGGUCCAGGCUGCGAUCCUGACCUCCAAUAAAGCCGACAUCCUCGCCGAUGAAGCUGGGGACGAGGAGUGCCGGGGACCCCAGCUUGCCGCCACUCAGCCAAGGACCGGAACUUCAACCGGCGGAGGAGAGAGCCUCCAGAGUCCCCCCAAGCCCCUUCCCUCCGCUCAGCCGAGAGCCAGGAGCAGUUCCCCCAGCUUGGAGCAGAAGGGAGAGGAAAAGGAAGAAAUGGAUGGUUUUGAGGCUGGGGAAGAGGAGAAGGUGGAGGCCGGGGGUCUCGGCCUCAAAAACCGCCCUGCCCCACGCGGCCCUGCCAACCGGCGGCGAGAUUUUUAAACCAACGCUUGUAACCGGACAAGGAGAAGCCACGGAGGGGGCCAAGAACGUGCCAACAGGGAGACGGAUUUCCCCUCCCUGGUCUGGCUGGGUAAUCAA